AUGGCGAACAACGCCAACCGGAUCAACCCCCAACCAUCGACGGCUGUACAAAACGACCUUAGCAAGGACAUCACGAUUCAAGAUUCGCCACAAGACAGCAUCUCAGACUUGCGUUUCAAUCCUCAAGUAGAGCAUCUACUGGCCGCGGCGAGUUGGGACAACACCGUUCGGAUCUACGACAUCAACCAGACGGGGGGCAACAAAGGCGUUGCAAUGUUCAGCCAUGAAGGCCCGGUUCUGAGUUGUUGUUGGAGUCCGGACGGCCAAACCCUCUUCGGCGCCGGCAUCGACAAAACAAUCCGCAUGCUCGACCUCUCAUCCAACUCCCAACAACAAUUCCCCACAACCCACACCCAACCCAUCCGCAGCAUCCACUCCUUCACCAUAAACAGCACCCCAAUCCUCACAACCGCCAGCUGGGACACAACCCUCAAAUACUGGGACCUGCGCCAACGCCACCCCAUCGCCACCCUCGCCUGCCGAGACAAAAUCUACUCCACCUCCAUCCGCAACAACACCCUCCUCGUCAUCGCCACCGCCGACCGCAACAUCCACAUCAUCGAUCUUAACAACCCGACAAGAAUCCAUAAAACCCUCCUCUCCCCUCUGAAACACCAAACCCGCAUCGUGCAAACCUACCUCGACGGAACAGGCUUCGCGCUCGGCGGCAUCGAAGGCCGCUGUGCGUUUCAAUACAUCGAGGAGAAAGACUCCGCGAAGAACUACACUUUCCGGUGCCAUCGCCAACCCCAAACUCCCCCAUCCUCGUCGAAUACAUCCAAAAUCUACGCCCUCAACGCCAUCUCCACCCACCCCCUCCACGGCACCUUCAGCACCGCCGGCUCCGACGGGACCUUCCACUUCUGGGACAAAGACAGCCGGACGCGGUUAAAAGGUUUCCCGGAAGUUGGGGGUGCGAUUUCGGCGACGGAUUUCAGUCGCAAAGGGGAUGUGUUUGCGUAUGCGGUGGGUUAUGACUGGAGUAUGGGGUAUAUGUUUAAUACGCCAAGGUAUCCGUGCAGGAUUGUGUUGCAUCCCGUGGGUGAGGAGGAGUGUAAGCCGAGGGGGAGGGGGUCGGUGGGUAGGUAG